AUGAGACAAUUGGCAGUACAUCUUUACUCUUCCAAGCCUCCUCUCCAAGUGCCUCCACUCAAUGCAACUCCUCUAGACGAGCCUCCUCUCCAAGUGCCUCCGCUCAAUGCAACUCCUCUAGACGAGCCUCCUCUCCAAGUGCCUCCGCUCAAUGCAACUCCUCUAGACGAGCCUCCUCUCCAAGUGCCUCCGCUCAAUGCAACUCCUCUAGACGAGCCUCCUCUCCAAGUGCCUCCGCUCAAUGCAACUCCUCUAGACGAGCCUCCUCUCCAAGUGCCUCCGCUCAAUGCAACUCCUCUAGACGAGCCUCCUCUCCAAGUGCCUCCGCUCAAUGCAACUCCUCUAGACGAGCCUCCUCUCCAAGUGCCUCCGCUCAAUGCAACUCCUCUAGACGAGCCUCCUCUCCAAGUGCCUCCGCUCAAUGCAACUCCUCUAGACGAGCCUCCUCUCUAA